GACGCUAAUCCCGGUCGUCUUGAUGGGCGGCGUAGAGGCGCUGCCAAAUCUGGCAGCAAAAUAGAUUUCCACCACCGCACCUCCACUGCUACAGUUAUCCGUCAAGGCACCUUAAGCGUGUAACGAACUCGACGUGAAUUUAUGCUCGGUAGCUGACUGUAUCCUGUCUGUUUCCUACGGCUGAGCUAGACGCUGACCCCACCGGAGACACGAGCCGCGGUGCGGACGGGCUGAAGCCGCCACAAUGAGCUCUGAACACCAGAGCGACAGCGAGGACGCCGACGAGUCGCAGGAUAGGCCCGGCAGCACCGGCAAGAAAGAAGACCCCGUUGGCAGACCGACACAGUCGGAGGUGGAAGAAGACGCCCCGCAGAGGGUCUGUGCUUCGCCGCCGGGGAGCAGCAGCGAGGACCAGCCGGAGGGAAGCGCUGGCUCCUCUCCACCCCGCCUGGAGGAUGAAGAGCGCCGCAGCUCACCAGGCGCCGCUCCGCAGGCGGGGAGCGGUGGGAGCACCAGUAGCGAAGGCUACAAGGGGAACAGCCUGUUUUCCUGGCUGCAGAGCAGGACUAUUAGACGGGGGCUGUUUGUAGACCCAGCCAGGGAUAACUUCAGGACAAUGACCAGCUUGUACUGCUCUAUGAACCCGGCUGUGGAGUCGGUCAAUCUGAGCUCUCAGACCCACGGAGCUGUAUUCAAUCUGGAGUACUCACCGGACGGGUCUGUGCUGACGGUGGCCUGUGAGCAGACAGAGGUCCUCCUGUUUGACCCCAUUUCAUCCAGGCACAUCAAGACCCUCACAGAGGCCCAUGAGGAUUGUGUCAACAACAUAAGGUUUUUGGACAAUCGCCUGUUUGCCACCUGCUCUGACGACACCACCAUUGCAUUAUGGGACCUUCGUAAGCUGAACUCCAAGGUCUGCUCGCUGCACGGCCACGCCAGCUGGGUGAAGAACAUCGAGUACGACACCAACACUCGCCUCCUGGUCACAUCCGGCUUUGACGGCAACGUCAUCACGUGGGACACCAACAGGUUUACGGAGGACGGCUGCCCGCACAAGAAGUUCUUCCACACUCGCUAUCUGAUGAGGAUGCGUCUGACUCCCGACUGUUCCAAGAUGCUCAUCUCGACUUCCUCAGGGUACCUACUCAUCCUCCAUGACCUGGACCUCACCCAGUCGCUGGAAGUGGGCAGCUACCGCAUGCUGCGAGCCCGACGGACCCCGCUCAGCUCAGACGGAGGCACAUCGGCGUCCAGAUCGACCGUGACGCCCCGUCAGGGACACGACUCCAAGCUUCAUCCUCACAGAGAAGGUCUGUCUCCACGGAACAGCCUGGAGGUUUUAACUCCUGAAAUCCCGGGGGAAAAGGACAGAGGGAACUGCAUCACAUCCCUGCAGCUGCAUCCCAAAGGCUGGGCCACGCUCAUCCGCUGCUCCAGCAACAUGGACGACCAGGAGUGGACCUGUGUGUAUGAGUUCCAGGAGGGGGCGCCCACGCGGCCGCUGGUGUCUCCCCGCUGCUCUCUGCGCCUCACCCACUACAUCGAGGAGGCCAACGUGGGCCGGGGCUACAUCAAGGAGCUGUGCUUCAGCCCCGACGGACGGCUCAUCUGCUCCCCGUACGGCUACGGCGUCCGCCUGCUGGCCUUCGACGAGCGCUGCAGCGAGCUGGCCGACAGCCUGCCCGUCCAGACCAGCUGCCUCCGGGAGAUCCGCUCCAUCUACUCGCACAGCGACGUGGUGCUCACCACCAAGUUCUCCCCAACGCACUGCCAGCUGGCCUCGGGGUGCCUGAGCGGACGCGUGGCGCUUUAUCAGCCCAAGUUUUAGCAUCCGGCGUUGUUUUAAAAAAAGGAAAAAAAAAGUUUUUUUUUUUUAGUUUUUUUUUUUUUUUUUUUACCCGAUCACUGCAGACCUGGGGAAACGCAUACCAGUCUAAACCGCUGUAUCGAAAGGGGUGGAAAUGCAUCAUGGAGGUGUUUUACAGAUAGUUACUUUUUGCACAUUUGUGCACAGGAUUUGCUGAAGCUAACCAGAGAUGCACUGAUCUGAGUUCUAUUGCCAAUCUCUAAUUUCUUCUAUUUGUACAGCUUUAACCUGCCGAUGCCGACUUUAGUCUAUUCCAGUUUCUGUUUGAAAACUAAUAUAUAGUGUAAGAACAUACAAGAACAGAAUUCAGGAUAUGUUUCUUCCUUGUUUACUUCCCUUAAGCUGCUAUUAUUUAUUUAUAUUAGGAGCAGAAACUAUGUUUUGAAAUAGCAUAACCAUAUAUUACAGCUACUUCUCUUUUACAAAACUAAAAUUCUGGAGUUCAUAUUUUAAAUGACCUCUGGCAUUUUAUAGAAGUGAUUUGCAUUACUAAACAGAAGCUGUAUUCUGUUCAGCCUUCCUGUUGUCUGUGAAAGUCUUGCUCUCUCUUGCUUUGAGGCAGCCUUUAUGAACUUCAGACAUAUAUUGUACUUAGUUCCCUUUCUUACACCUCUUUGCUUCUUCCAUCUUAAUUUUAAGCGCCUCACUGAUUCUGAAACUAGCUAACUUUGAGUCUUCACUCAGUAAUAGCAUACACUCUGAAGAGUAUUUUGUGCAAUCGGGUAGCACUUCCGUAUGGUGCAUUCACUGACUCGAAAAAGGUUGGAUUUUAACGCGUCCUCCAUUGGCCAAAAAAAAUCGUCCAGCAGAUUCCUUGAUGCAUCUCUACAUUUAGCUUAAGAACAUAGUCUGACUACGUGACAACCCAGGUCUGCAGCUGUUAAACGUGUCGACUUCGUUUAGGUGCUAGCCGUCAAACAGUUUGAUGGCCAUUAACUGGCGUAAAGAAAUGACAGACUGAAGCUCUGGGCUAAUUGCCAGGUUGCAGCAGAGGAUGGACACUUUGAGCCCUGAAUUUAAAGACAUGACAGAAAAGCAAGCUCAAAAUUGAAAUACAAAGAAAUUGCAUUUUUGUUUUUGCGGACGAAACUUUCUGAGCAGAAGAUGAAUGCAAUUCUUGAUGCAACUUGACAUCAGGCAACGGCAAACUGUUGGUCGUUUGUGGCUCCUUUAGUUGCCGAGUUGCUUUUGGCCUCUUUAAUAGUAAUUUUUCUUCUUCUUUUGAGAUUUGGCACAUCCAUACGCUGCCGUCUCAGGAGGACAACACUAACGGUGCAAAAAAAGUCAAGUAUUGGUGAACCCGGGAGACGAACAGACUUUCGUGUACGCUGUCUGUCACGUAAACUCGGCAUCCCGCGCUGCGCCUGGUGCCGCUCUCUGCUGCUUCACUCAUGCCUUCGCCACAGGUGCUGCUUCUGUGCUCAUACAAUCUGAACUUCAAGGACCUACCCUCCUUUACCUGCCUGCUGCUUGAUUUUGUUCCCAACAUCUUAUCUCUUUCCUCUGUCCAGAACCUCUGUCGUUUCUAAGAGUUUUACUUGGUGUGUUAAUGUUGGCACUAAUUGUUGCACAGCGUUUGAUUUGAUAAUCACUUUAGAGUUGUUGCUCUGUAAUCACCUCUUUACUUUCCCCAAGGCUCAUGCUUUUAUCUUAAGUCUUUAGAUUGAAACAUCCGGCCACCUGGAAAAAUUAGCAGUAGCAAAAAGGCGGUGAAUAUUUCUGCAUCAUUGCAAUUUAAAGAUGCAUAGUUUUACCCUCCUGUGGAUUUAGCGCUGUGCUCUGCAGGAGCAAGGCGGAUGUCAAGUUUGACGGGGGUUCUCCCAUCACUGUUGGUUCCCGAAACCACGUGCACACACACACAAAAAAAAAAUCGGAAAAGAGCACGCAAGGUCAGCGUGACCAGGAUGGACCAUGCACAGGGUAAAAAGCUGGCGGGGUCCCAAUGACUCCAUCUCUUACGAUCGCAGGAGGUUUAAGAACUACUUUUUAUUUUUAACAGUAAACAGAAUUUUUCCUAAAUACUUUUAGGCUACUUCACAUGAGUUAAAAUGUUCCUAGAAGUUUCUAGAAGUUAAUUGUUUUUAUUAACAACUAUUCAAGUAGUAUAAAAUAGCACAACAGAUGCUUACAAACAUUUAUUACAAACCUUAAACCAAAUUACAUAUAAAAAUCUUGAGAAAAGUUUAGAAAAAAUAACCCAUGUCUAGAAAUAUUUCCUACUACUCACUGAGUGUGUGGGCCAGAUAAAUGUUGAUCUUCUAGAAAUAUUAGCCUAUCAGCUAGCAGUUAAAAGAAAUGGACUUCUGUCUUACAUCGUGUUUAUACCCCAAGCAAACAGGAAAUCUUAAAAUAAUUGAAUAAUUGAAUGACUUGUUUUACCUGCCUAAAACAUAUAAAGGUGUUUUACCCAUCAUGGGUGAAACAUGGUGGGUAAAUAUCACAACCUGAUAUCCAAACUAUCAUUUUCUGAUGGUUUAUAUUAGUAGCUGAAUAAACUAUCAGGUUUACUCAUAAUAAACAGUCGGAUUGAGUUUGCUUUAAGUGUUCAUUAAUGUCCUUUUACCGCCACCUGUUGGGAACAGCCACACACUGCAGCCAUUUUAUUUUUGGUAGUAAAACACUGUUAUCGCACUGAAAGACUCCAGGACACAUUAGAAGUUAGCUUACGUAAAACUAUUGCUAUGCACAUCAGCCUUUCUGGUGAUUCUCCUUUAUUAUUUCUGCUCUAUGCUGAGCUGUCAGUUGCCAAAAUAUGAUUUAUGAUGGAUGAAAGUGAGCUGAGAACUUCUGCUGGUAUAGAUUAAAGAAAAGCUAUUUAGAUUUACUUUUCUUUUUUUUUUUUUUUUGUAAAUGUACUUUUCUCUGCCCUCUGAAGAGGGCGCUGUUGCACUCCCAUUUAUUCCGAUUUUAAAAUUACAGAAAAAAUGUGUGAUUACAACUAGUUGAUUUCAAGAAACAAGGGAUUAAAAAUCUGUGUUUAAUUAUUAUAACAUCAGAGUUGGGAGGGAAAUGCGACUGAAGCCGUUUUGACCUGAAUUUGACUCUGAGGUAAAGGUUUAAAAACAACACAAAUUAGAUUUUCAAGUUUCCAGCUCCAAGUUUUCUCCCGUUAGCAUCACGCCAGCACCUCGGUUAGCCGCUUUCGUAACCUGCAGUUUGCCUUCAGCUCGGUCAGUCGUUCGGUUCGUCUAAACACAGACGUAAACAUUUCGUAGCCACAUGAAUGGUGUCUCGACUGAUAUGAGUGUGAAGGGAUUCUGUGUUUCCUCCGCUGCUUUUACUUCAGGUACACUCACGAGCUCUUUGAAGUGUCUUAUCUAUUUUCACUCUGUAUUUCUACGCAGAAAAACAGAAAAAAAAACUGGGUUUAUCAUGGUUUGUGUGUUAUUUUUGAUUGUUGUUUUGGAUUUUAACUUGUAUCUAGCCAUGAGUUUCAUGAAUGUCCACACUAUUACCUUUUUUUUUUUCUUUUUUCAUGUGUGCACCAGUAAGUGAUGAAGGAUGGGUAGAUGAAAAUAAAACAUGGUGAAAUGCUUAAA